AUGCAGGUCCAUGGGAGACUCAUCAUUGAUAAUGUGAUGAUUGCUUAUGAAACUUUGCACACCAUGAAGACAAGAAUGAAAGGUAAAGUGGGAAGCAUGGCUCUCAAACUAAAUAUGUCAAAAACAUAUGACAGAAUUGAGUGGAGAUUCCUAGAAGAAACUAUGAGAAAGCUUGGAUUUGGAGAUAGAUGGAUUAAGCUAGUAAUAGAGUGUGUUACCUCAAUGACUUACUCUUGUCUGAUAAAUGGGCAGCCUGAUGAGACCAUAAAGCCAACAAGAGAUGAUCGUGUUAUAUUUGGAAAGGCAACUACCAAUGAAUGGUUGAAGAUACAUGAGAUCCUGAACAAAUAUGAGAGGGUCUCGGGGCAGUUAUUGAACAAGCAAAAAACAACCACGUUUUUCUGUUCAAAUGCUGCUAUGAAUGUUAGAAAAUAG